AUUCGGGAUUUGAUCAAAUCCUGGGACGACGUGGACUGCGCUUAUGGCGACGGGAUCCAGACGAAGAACCCCGAAUUUUUGGAUCAGAGGCAGUUUCUGGCCUUCUUUUACAAGUUGGUUCAUGCGGGGGCCGCGUUGGAGCUGACGGACGAGGAGAAUGUUUUGGCAUUGUACAACGAAUGCUACGAAUUGAUUGAACGAGUGGAAGCGAUUUGGCCCGCGUCCAAAAGCGACGGAGUGACAAACACGUGGAUUGUGAAGCCGGGUGCGAGAUCGCGAGGCCGUGGGAUCCUCGUGUUGAACAAGUUGGACAGCAUUAUGCAAUUCUCGAAGCCCAUGUCCAAUAUUAUUCAGCAGGAUGAGUCAAGAUAUGUCGUGCAAAAAUACUUGGAAACUCCGCUGCUUAUUCACGGAUACAAAUUUGAUAUCAGGCAGUGGUUCCUGAUAACUGACUGGAGCCCGCUGACGAUCUGGAUGUACAAUGAAUGUUACUUACGGUUUUGUACCCAACCGUUUUCAUUGACGAACCUCCACGAGUCCGUCCAUUUGAACAACUUCGCAGUGCAGAAAAAUUAUACGAUGACCUGUCCGGAGGACAUUCCUUUGCCUCGGGAUAAAAUGUGGGACUCGGAGACUUUCAAGCAGUAUCUUGAUUCUUGUGGAUUGUUCACGGCUUACGAGAACGUUGUUUAUCCUGGAAUGCGAGACGUUUUCGUUGCUAGUAUGCUCGCAGCGCAGGAAAACGCUGAGCCGAGAGCGAAUGCAUUUGAGGUUUAUGGAGUGGAUUUCAUGCUUACCUCUGAUUGCAAGCCUUGGAUCAUUGAAAUCAAUUCCAGUCCGGAUCUCAAUCAUUCAACUCCUGUCACCACUCGACUUGUGCCGCAGAUGUUCGAGGAUCUGAUCAAAGUUUUGAUCGACAGAAGAGUAGACAGAAAUGCGGAAACCGGAGGCUAUCAAAUGGUUUAUCGACAACAACCCGCCGUGACGCCAUUUUCCAGCUUGUCCCUGGAUCUUAAAGUUGUGGGUAAAAGAAUAGCUCCUGCAUUUCCGCCGAAUGCCGCCACGGCGCCCACGGCAGUGCCCACAACCACCGCCUGUGUCGCGCAGAAAAUCGCCUUCGGAGCGAGACACAGUAUCCCUCCAAGUCCCUGGUCUCGUAUUUUGAUGAUGGCGCAGAAUGAAGAGGAAUUUAAGGCUGCAAAAGAAGAAGCUGCCAAAAGCGCCAUGACGAAUUUUGGACAAAUCUUGGUGGGGAAAAAGAAACCUAUGAUUACCUUUGGGAAAUCCCCUCAUGGGGAUGUCGAGAACGGGAAGAUUUCGCUGUCGGGAUUUUGCACGCCGCGUCGAGGACAGCGUUCGGCAAGCGUGGCGCCCGUCAUGUCGUCGUCGGCUCCGGCGUCGAAGCGGAUUUCCGUGUCCUCGCCGCGGAAUCCGUCGCAGAGCUCACCCGAGGAGCGGAUGCAACGUCUGGCCGUCUUGGCCACACCGAAACGGGCCAGGAAGCCCCUAAUUAUUGCAAGCUCAGCACCCAGUGUCGUUGUCGCCGCCGCUGCUGCAAAGCAGAAGGCGCCGAUUGCUGGCCCGGCAGCGGGUAGGCGACAUACUGGCGCCGAUUGGCGGAAAAAUCUUGCUGCCUGAAGAGAGAAGAACGGGAGAAAUCUUUUGAGUGGUCUUAUGAACAAAUACGAAUAAGACUCGACUUCUUGAAUCUUGCGCUGUUUUCCGUCUACUUCGUUUGUUCGGGAAAUUUUAGACGUGCUGUGCUUGCGAUGCUUCCUUUGAAUUUGGUUGCUAAUCUAACUCGCCCAAAAAUGUAUUAGCCUGCCUGCUUUUAGAAACAGAUGUUCGGGGGCGAAGCCUACACUCAAAAUUUUUUGUUUUGAAGUAUUAACUGUAGAAUUUCUUCAAGAAAACCAGUGUUUCCUUCAAUUUUUCGGAAUUCGGCGGCAAAUUUUAUUUUUGAGAUAUUGGGGUUUGGUUUCCUGAAUUUUGAAAAGAAAUUGGAGAGCACGUGGUUUUUUUGAGGACGAUUUUCUUUUUCUAUUGCUUAAAAGUAGGGCGUCUCUUGAAAUCUUUGGUUCAUUAUGAGGUUAUGUGAGUGAAAACUUCACCCGAAAUUUCCGAAGAAAACAAUUGAGUUGCAGGUAUUUUGAACCUACCUUCGUAUUCAUCGGGAAGACGUUGAACUUUUUACCUAACCCUACUCAAUUUGUCCAUCUUAGUCUGGAGAAGGUGAGUUGAUUUUACCUUCUUCGACAUAUUCUUAUCCCAACAGUUCGCAGUGUUACUCUGGGCAUCUUGAAGAAAGUCCUGUGAUUUUUGUACUUCCUUAUGCUCAGUUUCGAAAGGUGAAGAGAAAUUCUCAAGAAGAUUUUGGAAGAGGAAAUCACCUCCUGAGAUGUGAUAUCUUUCGCCAACCCUGUAACGAAAAAUUCUCAGCAAGUCAACGGCAGCUCGUGCUAGUUUAUGCUUGGUUUUUUCUUCCAUCUGCUCUGAAAGUUGUGAUACGACGCUCGGGUUCUUUCAAGAACUGAACAUUUUGGAGCUUUAAAAAAUUUAUUCCUGCUGAAUUACUUGAGAUGCAGUGAGUUUAAGAAAUGUUCGUUUUUUUUUUUUGACACUCAAUCAAAAGUUUCCGUUGAAGAUAUACCUCUGUGCCAUGAGAUGAGUCUCUUGGUUGAAUGAUUUGCAUUCAAAUUGUUCAUUUUUAGAUUCAUGUUUCCUGUUUUUCGAAUUUAUUUAUUUAUUGGUGCCAGGCUCAAGUGCUGAGGAAUUUGUUCAUUUAUUAUUGUGGUCUUAACUCUUGUGGCUUUUUUAUGGGAUGUCCAAAAGUGUUCUGUGGAAAGUUGAAAAUUCGCCAGGAAUAUUUUCCUUGUUUGUCCUAUGCUAUGGAAAUUGCUGUUUUUCUGGGUUAGAUGUCACUGGCUGUCAUUUGAUUCAAACUGAUGCUUUUCAAGCUCUACCUGAUCUGAUUAUUAUUUUUUCGUGGAUGACUGUGUUCUGGUAGGAGCAAAUUUGCUUGAUCUGGUUCCUUUUCAAUUUGAGGCAAUUCUACAAUCUCACCGUAAUCAUCGCAUACUAUUUUUGACUUGAUUGUCAUUGUAACUCUGAGGCCAUUUUAUUGGAAAUUUGAAACGCGCUGAAUUUUUUUUUCGCUACACCGGAACUCAUCGGACACCCUGUAUGAUUGUUUCCUGAAAAAGUUUUGUUGAUUGGAAAAAGCAAGUUGGAAAAGGUUUCCGGCUUUUAGCAGAUUUUCGGCUAUUAAUGCCAGUGUAAAGAUAACGAAGUUCACUCCAGACUUCGAGUGAAAUUCAGAAGUCAGUUAUUCUUUCGGCUGUGUUAACCAGCAUGUGUUCCUAGCCAGGUCUGAGGAGUAUAAUCAAUGGCAAUGUUUGAGAGAUGAUCGAGCUUCCAGCAUUUCGGAGGGACAUUCAACUGUCGAAUUCAUGGCUGAGGCAUUCAGUUCUGACUUUGUCAAAAAAAAAAAAAGUACCAGAUGUGUCCCUGUAGUUCAGGAGGGAGUGAGCAGUAUUCAGCAAUUUUUUAGCUGUUUGUCCAUUAGUUUUCCUUCACAGGGAAAAGGACUUUUCAGGCAGCAUUCAAAAAUUGAAAUUGAAUUUUACUUAUGUCUUUUCUGUUUUAUUUGUUAGUGUUUUGAUGCUGUAAAAUUAACUCCUCUCAUUUUAACGCCGUGCGUCCAUAAAUCUAUGAUUUUCUGGGCCGUCACCUAGAUGUCGCCUGAAUCGUAUUCGGUUUUUUAGGCCACUGAUACCCGGCAUUCCAGUAAAUAUGGACGGGCGAAAAAGUGAGAACAAGAAAAGCGUUUCGGUUUUCGCACAUUGUAUGUGAAAUUAAAUCAUGAUGGUUUUCUGUAGGGAUCAAUUUUUUGUGACGCAUUUUUCGUUUGAAUAUUUUGGUAUUCAACAUCUUUCGUUGAAAAAAGCAGUCUUUUGCGUUUUUCGUGCGAUAUUUUUAAUGUAUUGUAACAUUUUUUCAUCAGGAAAGUUGUAUUCGAUUUAUUAUGCGUUACACGUAAGUCCUGAUAUGUUUGGGAUUUUAAAAUUGGCAGUGUUUCGUUUUGUCAAUGUUGUAAGCCAAAGGUCGAAGUUGUUUCAAUGUUACCGAAUAUUGUUGAGCUACUUGUGAACUCCGGAGAGAAAUAUAGCGACGUGGAGUCACUCAGACAAUGAGAUUUCGGAGAUUCCGAAUA